UCUGAUGGCAAGCUAACAGUUAGCUACCCAUGUGUGAGCUCAGUCUGUGGGCCGACAAAACGUUCCCAGAGUUUUGGUAAAUACGUGAAAUUGGAUUUCAGGUGUUUGUUUUUUAAGCGGUGAAGUUUUUCCUUUAUGUUAACCUCUAUUUAAAAACUACGUAGAAAAAUAAUACACAAGUUGCGCAUAAAGACACAAAGACAUUUCACGGGUUUAUUUUUAUUUUUAUAACAAAUCAUUUAAAACCCCGUGUUUGAUUUUGGUCGACCUUCUAACGCUUGCUCAAUGAAAACAAAGCAGAAGAGGAUCGGGCUCAUAAGAACUACUUAAUUUCACAGCGACGCCUAAGUGUGGGAGGCGGUACUGCAUGACCUGCGCACUCUAACGAAUUACAGUCCAAUGGGCGUUGCUUGUAUUACACGUUCAUCACCAGGGGGGGCGCUGUAACCAAGGCCACUCAACACCAUUGCACUAGAACCGUUGGCGGUUAGCAGGCGGCUCGGAGCGGGACCCUUAAACACAGAAACAGCUCACCGUGUGCUCCUGUCAGCUCCGGUAUGGCACUUUAACUCUGCAUUGACGUUAUUUUCCUGAAUAUGAGUGCACUGGCAGUGUGUUUUAGACCGGUGCUCGGUUGGGAUUUGUUUUCGGUUUCUCCCGGCUACAAACUAACUUAACGUUAAAGCAUCACAUAUCGCGAUGCCCGUGAACUCUUGAUGAACUAACUAACUCUCUAAUCUCGUGUAAUCUGGCUCUCUCGCCCUUGCUGGUCAACCUUAGCUACGGACACGAAGUCAGGGCCACAACAACACAAAAUGCCUCCCAAGAAGCAACACCUGAAGCCGACAGCAGCCAAUGUCUCCAGCUCCCUGGACCUGGAGUCGGAGGACAUCAGCCUGGAGACGACCGUGCCUACCACCGAGGAUGUGUCUUCGUCCGACGAGCAGCGGGACGGCUCCCAGAAGGUGACCCGCCAGCUGAUCGAGAGGAAGGAGCUGCUGCACAACGUCCAGCUUCUGAGGAUCGAGCUUUCUCAGAAAAACCUGAUCGUAGACAACAUGAAGGCCGACCAUAUGUCCAAGAUUGAGGAGCUGGAGGAGAGGCUGAAUGAUGCUCUACACCAGAAACAAGUGUUUGCCCUGAGACUGGACAGUCAGCUGAAACUGGCUCAAGAGGAGAACAGGAAGCAGCAGGCUCUGCGUAAGCAAGAGAUGGAGGCCAUCCUGCUCAGGCAGCAGCAGCUGGAGGAGACCAACAGACAGCUGUGUGAGAAGGCUGGAGAGCUGCGGUGGUCUCUCAGGGAUCUGGACAUCUCCCAGGAAAGGUACCGGGAGCUACGCGACCUCCCUGACGACAAAAUCUCCAUACAGGAGUACGUCGCUGUGCGUUUUUACGAGGCGGUGACUCCGCUGCGGACUCAGCUAAAUGAGCUGACUGUGAAGAGAGGCAGCUUGAACGAAGAGCUGGAUACACACAGAACUCAGAUGAAGGCUUUGAUGGAGAGCUACGAGGAGGAGCGGCGGCUACGUUCAGAGCUGGAGUUGAGGAGCCAGAGACUGACCCUCGAACUGGCCGAUACCAAACAGCACAUCCAAGAAGGAGACUAUCGCAGAGACAACUACCCAAACAUCAAACGUGAGCGUGACAUCUUUGAAGCAGAACUAAAGGAGUUAACGAGAAGAUUUGAGACACUAGACCUGACUCAGGCUGCACUGACCAGAGAGAGGAACACACUCAGCAAAGAGGUGGCGACAUUGCAGCAGUCAGUGAGUCUCCUGCAGAAGGACAAGGAGUACCUACACAGGCAGAACAUGGAGCUCAGUGUGCGCUGUGCACAUGAAGAAGACCGGCUGGAGAGGCUGCAGGUACAGUUAGAAGACACUAAGAAGGCUAGAGAGGACGCCUAUGAAAAAUAUGUUGCAUCCAGAGACCGCUAUAAGUCAGAGUACGAGACCAAGUUGAGGGAGGAGUUGGAGAACAUCCGGCUGAAAACCAGUCAGGAGAUAGACAACCUGCAGAGAACCUCCAGGGAGAUGUAUGAAAGAGAGAACAGGAACUUGCGUGAGGCCAGAGACAAUGCGGUGCUGGAGAAGGACAGAGCAGUGGCUGCUGAGAGAGACACUCAAUCCAGAUAUGACCAAAUGCUGGAACAGUUUCGUCAGCUCCAGCUGGGUACUGACAGCCGGGUAGCAGAACUGUCCAACCAAGCCAAGCUGCAUGCCUUCGAAGCUGAGCGUGCUCAGAUGGUUAAGGAAGAGACAGCUAAGGCCCUGGCCCAGUGCCAGGUGGAGUGUGAAAAACAACAGAAAAAACUGGAG